AUGGCGGGGGAAGUUGAUUUGAGCCCACCCUAUGGUUUUGGCAAACAUCAAGCUGCUCUCACUACUCAAGAAGUCGAGGGUUUCUUUCGGGGCGAUUAUGUAUUCAGCCAUUUCUACGACUGGGCUAUUGCAUGCAUUAAGCUUUCGAUUCUUGGACUUUACUAUCGCAUUUUCAGCACGCUUGUCUUUCGCCGAAUAGUCACUGGAACUGCAACCUUUAUUAUUUGCUGGCUAGCAGCCAUGGAGAUUGGCCUAGGGCUAGAGUGUAUCCCUAUCGAGAGCAUUUGGGAUUCGGAUAUUAAGGGAAACUGUAUAGACCUAGUGGCAUUCUCCUACUUCACCAACAUUACCAACCUGGUCACCGACUUAUGGGUGUUUCUUCUCCCCCUACCGAUUAUCUUCAGACUACAAAUCAGUCGAAGGCGAAAAUUCGAAAUUGCAUGUGUUUUUGCCGCCGGUCUAUUCACAUGUGGCGUCACUGCUGCCCGCUUAACCGUUGUGGUCUCACAAGGGUCCUCAGAUUUCACUUGUACGUCCAACUAA